AUGGCGCUGCCCUCUACUCCAUGGUGUGUAUCCCUGUAUUCCUCUUCUUCCUCCCUUAUUUUCCUGGUUCUAAACCCUAGUCUUUUCCCCUCUCAUAGUGCUGAGCAAUUGGUCACCGUCAUUUGUACAGAACUUGGAAUUGCAAUUUUUUUCUGUCCUGAACUUGGAAUUGCUAUCGAUUGGUCCUUACAUUUGGUCUCCCUUCCAUAUGUUGGUAACUAUUGUUGCAGAAUUGAUCCGAAAAGUGCAUGCAGAGUAGAGGUCACCGUCAAUGCUUACUUCACUAUCAAAGACGGUAGAAGGGAGUACAAUCGGGGUAGGACAGUAAGUUGGAUUGUUGAUUCAGAAGAGUACGCAAUCAUUGAUCUAGAGAAAGAUAUUGCUCCAUAUUUUACAUGGGGCAGUGACCAAGUGGCAAAUUUCUGGGUUCGAUCAGGGGAUAAUGCGACGUGCAAGUUGGCGUCCGAUGCUCAGCUUCUUGACUUGCUAAGGGCAUCUAGACUAGUGAAAUUGUUCAUGGUAGUGGGCAGACGUGAGCUGAAUGUAAGAGAGGAGGAGAUGUCUGCUGCAGUGAACACAGGAAAGGAAGAGAUGCUUGCUGCAGUGAACACAGGAGAAGAGAUGAUUGCUGCAGUGAACACAGUAAAGGAAGAGAUGCUUGCUGCGGUGAACACAGGAGAAGAGGAUAUGCCUGCUGCAGUUAACAUAGGAGAGGAGGUGAUGCCUACUGCAGUGGACAAUGAUUUGGAGACACUGGACAAAGGAUUUGUAUGGGCUGAAGCACCUAAAUAUGGGGAAACAACUGCAGGGCCACCAAUGGCUAUAGAGGAAGAGAAUGAGCACUUUAUGACUGCUGGGUGUGAUCCUGAUGGAGAUGAGCCAACUGGAACAAAUGAAGAGUGGAGGUACUUUAAAAAUGUCGAUCAUGUAGUCAUUGAUCCAGUUGAAAAACACUGUUCCGGCUGGUAUGAAAAAUGUACUGUAGACAUGCAUCAAAGAAAGAGGGUUAGGUCUGUUCCAGAAAUUAGAGACUUUGAUAGUGAAGUUGUACCUGAUGAUGAGGCUACUAUGCUUGAUGAUUUUCUGGCGCCUCACACAUCACAUGAUAAAGAGAAUCCAAUCAUUAAGGAGGGAGACACGUUUGUAGACAAAAAUGCUUUUGUCCACACUACUAGGCAAUAUGCCAUCAAAAAUGAGUUAGAAACUAUGAUUGAACAUAGUGACACAAAAAGGUACAGGGCAAGGUGUGCAGAUCAAAAUUGUAAUUGGAGAGUGUUUGCAAAGAAACUACAUGGUGGCAACACAUUCAUGGUGAUCAAACUCUCUGGAUUGGAUGUCCACACUUGUUCCAGCAAGCAAGAUGAAGGGUCGAGAGGCUUCCAUAGCUUGGGUAUCUGA